UUUUAACUUUGAUCCCCUGUUUAUCAUGUUUACUGCUAUAUUCAGCCUCUACACCCCCUAAAUUAUUGGAUCUCAGUGUUUUACACCUUCAUAAAAACAUGAAAUGUUUUCCCCAUGAUACAAGUAACAUCAGACCCUAUUUUUGUCGUGACAAGUAAUGUCUUGUCAUAGAGAGAAACAGAAGUGCCCUGAAUAAGGAUAUUUAAAUAUUCGGGGGAUAUUUAAUCAAGAAAUUAUCUAGUUAAAUCCUCUGCGUUCUCUCUGAACAAAUAAACCUCCAAGGUGGGGGAAACUUUUAGAUGUGUUAUAAGUAAACAAAGGAAAUGUAUCCAAAAAAAGGAAAAAUCUGUUCCUGCCAACCCAACAUUACAAUGAUUUGGCUCAGUGAUUUAGGUCUCAUUUGCAUAGGAAUUGUUACACUAGCUGUGGUAUGCAUGUUUCAUCAGUGCUAUGUUUACCAUUAGUAAGGGCCUCGGAUCUUCAGGUGUUUAGAUUGAGAAAGUACAUGCGACAGACUUAAUGAAUGUGUUACUUUGAAAGAUCAAGGAAUAUAGAUUUUGUGUGAGCUUUGCAUGGCGCGACAAAGGUAGAGUGUGUAUAUGUAUGUAUAUGCAGCUAUUUACUGGUAUAGACACUGCAUUCCAAGAAAAUCUGAUAAGAAAACGGUUUCUUUUUAACAAGGAGCACCUGCUGUGGGUGUAUUAUAGUGUUAAUUGUGUAAUUACUGAGGAUAUAAUCAUGUAACAUUUUGAUCUAUGUGAGCUCAGCUGAGAGUUGAUGUAAGAUUACCACAUGAUGGACGGACCCUGAUAGCUGAUCCAUAAUCAAACGUCUUCAGUGCCUGGGGCUGUAUACAGCAGGAGUUUGGUGUGACUAAGUUUUCUUUGCUCGACCAGGACAGAAAGUUCCUAAUCUUAAAUCCCGGUGUUUGUUUUUGUUACUUUUCCUGAAGAGAUUUGCUAUCCUUUGUUAAUAGGAUUUUUUUUAAAGACCUCAUUUCAUUUCAUUUGGAUUCUUGAAAUUGUGUGUCCUCAAGUAAUACAAGGAACAACAAACCAUUUAAAGAUUCCAUACCAGAUGUAGAAUUUGUGAGAAAAAUAAAGGACUGAAGACUUAACAAUAUAAGGAGAGAAAAGCUGAAAAAAAAAUGAUAAGCAGCUUUCCACAGUGGACUACAUCAGUCAAGGAAAACAUCAGGUGUAAUAAUACAGCUGGAAUGGAAAGCCCUGCUGGAGAGUGAAAGCAUUGGAAAGUGGGAGUUGCUAUUCCAGCCAUGAUGGAAUACAGGCGUUUAUUUUAAUCAUUGAAAAAAAAAAUUAUCUUCCCAAAACACAUGUUGCACGCUAAAAAACAAGAGGAGGUUUGGAACAGGAAUGAUCUCUAGUUGGAAAAAAGUAGAGAUCUGAAAAGCAGACGUUUAGUGUUUUAAUGUGAUAAAGUGAGCCGAUAGGGAAUGGAUAUUUGUAUGAAAAUUUAAUUCAGUGGAAUUUAGGAUGCACGUGGACCAGAAUCGUGUUGUUUUUAGAUAUUUUUUUAUUUUUUAUCUGUGAUGUGAUGAUCCUGAAUGGAGCAUAUUGAAUUAUUAAUGGGAUGAUUAGAUUUUGAUGAGCCACCUCUUAGUUACUUAUGGAUACAUUAAUAUAGAUGGGCAUCAGAGAAAUGUACUAUACUUGUGGGGGAAAUGUUAUGUUGAUGUAUUGAGAUUAAAAGAAUUGUUGAAAUAGUUCGAAUAGCAGGAGCACCAUGGCCAACCCUGAGCGUGUUCCUUUGGAAACUAUAAGGAAAAGAUCUGAAAGAGCAGUAGAGUACUACAGAAACUGUGUGGUCCCUGCUUACACAGGAAAGGGCUCUCCAGGCAAGCAAGGUUACGACUCCAUGGAAAAUAUCAAUGGAAUAUACACCUCACACAAUGGUAAUUCGGAGCAAGAGAGAGGGUCGAAAGGAGGUGUGACUUUCAAUGAUUCCUCGGGAACAUCAAAUAGCACUGUGAAACACAAUGACAGUUUUACCCGUGGAGGCCACAGAGCCACAUUUCAUGGAGUUCAUUCUUCUAAAUGGAAAUCUGGAAAAUCUCGAUCUAAAGAGAAAUCUAAGUCUCCAGAAUCGGACAGUGAUAGUAAAAGAAAUAGUCGAGGAUUAAGUAGAAGUAAUAGCAACCUGGAAAUGGACAGCAUUGACUUUGAUGAUGCGGCUGAUUUUCAUAAUAGUUCCAUGCGAAGGGAUUACGGAAGUACAUCGUCACUGGAUGUACUUAGCAAUAGUGGAGAUACUAGCUUCUUUGCUAUGAUCAAAGACUAUGGACCAAGAAAUAUAGACCAGAGAAGCCCUGCGCCUGCCCAAAUGCAUGAGUUUCUGAGGGGUAGGAUUGACAGUAACAAGGACAGGGUUGGAGCCCGGAGUGAGAGGUUUACGAAUGGAUCGCCUGUCGUGGAUAAAGGAGGUGGAGAUGAGCUGGACGGAAGUCCAAGAUCAAAGAGCAUGAAAGUCAAAAGCGGAAAAGAACGGAAAACAAGGUCAAAGUCCAUAACUAACGACUCCAGAUCAGGAAACAUUCUGAACAAAAUCCGAGGGAAGCAAGAAGGAGAAAUUAGUACAAAAAUGACAGACUCUAUCAAUUCUGACAUCAAUGUGGAGGAGAGACUGAGGAAAAAGGCAUUUGUACAUUAUGAUUGUCAAAGUUUGGGUUUUGAUGCACAGACUGUGAUAAAUAAAAAGUCUGAGGCAAAUGUGUCAAAAAAUACCUCAACUGGUGCAUCUGCAGCAUCUGGUCAAGUGCGAAGCAGUAUGGCAAGAGAAAAAGACACUCCAGACAUUUCCGCUGACACAGAUGACGGUGAUGGCAAAUCCAAUGCACUUCUUUUAUCGUGUCCGUUCUUUAGAAACGAACUAGGUGGUGAGGAGGAAAGAACUAUUAGUUCGGGUCGAACCGCAACCAACAAAUCAUCCAACAGAAACAAUAACAAUACUCUCCCAGGAACUAGUGCAAUAACACUUACAAGGUCCCCCGCGUGUUGUGGACUGUCCAUCUUAGACUCUCUCCCCACCCCCACAGGGCUCAUCCUCUCCCAUGUGGUGUUACACAGGGGCCAUGUUAUUGAGUAUGUCGACCAUGGAGCCAGCUACUACCGACAUUUCUUCUAUGGAUAUGACCACCAGAACUACUUUGGAAUUGAUGAUGCCCUGGGUCCUGUGGCCAUCAGCAUCAGGAAGGAGAAGGUGGAUGAUCGCGAAAACAACCUUGGAAGGGCAGAUUAUGGAUUCAACCAAUUCAGAGUCAUUGUUAGAACUAGCGAACUCACCACGCUGCGCGGCGUCAUCUUGGAGGAAGCCAUUCCUGCCGCUGCCAGUAGACUAGGUGGCUCCCGCACCACCACCGUCAAGGACGUGAUUGAAUAUGUGUGCCCCGACCUCCAGACAUCCUGUCUGAAGCUAGCCUCGUCCAAUCAGAAAACCCUGGACCAACUCCUUAAAGUUGACCAACAGGGGGUGAAUCAGACAUACAAAGUUGGCAUCAUGUAUUGCAAGGCUAACCAGUCCUCAGAAGAAGACAUGUAUAAUAAUGAACACUCUGGACCAGCAUUUGAGGAGUUUUUAAGCUGCAUUGGACAGAAAGUUAGACUAAAAGGUUUUGAGAAAUACAGAGCACAACUUGAUAAUAAAACUGACUCCACUGGUCAACAGUCGGUGUACACCACCUUUAACAACUGUGAAAUCAUGUUCCAUGUGUCCACUAUGCUGCCUUAUACUCCCAACAACACCCAACAGUUACUACGCAAGCGACACAUCGGGAAUGAUAUCGUAACCAUAGUCUUUCAAGAGCCGGGUGCUCUGCCAUUCACACCCAAAACCGUUCGAUCCCAGUUUCAGCAUGUCUUCAUCAUUGUCAAGGUCCAUAAUCCAUGCACAGAUAAUGUUCACUACAGUAUUGCUGUCACAAGAUCAAAAGAUGUCCCUCCAUUUGGUCCCCAUAUCCCUGAGAAUGCCAUGUUUCCAAGAUCAGACCAAUUUGCUGAAUUUCUUCUUGCCAAAAUAAUCAAUGCCGAAAAUGCAGCUCACAGAUGUGAAAAGUUUAUUGCUAUGGCAACUCGCACCAGAACCGAAUACCUCAAAGAUCUGGCUCAGAACCAUGUCACAACAACAACAUUAGACUCUGGUUCAAAACUUAGUAAAUUUUCCCUUGGAAGUGGUCGAAAGAAAGACAAGGCGAAACAGAAAGUUGUUCCUGAUAUGUAUGCAUCAGGUGCCAUUGUUUGGAAUGUACGGGUGGAGGACUUUGGGUCAGGGUCCCAGGUAGAGGCUGCUUUGGCGAUCUCUUCGGAAGUGCUGGUCAUUCAGGAGGAAAGUUCCAAGAGUGUCAUCUUCACCGUUCACUGUGGGGCCAUAAUAGGCUGGACAGCUACAGCUAACAGCAUCAAGAUUUUUUUUAAUCAAGAGGAGAGUAUUUUGAUCCGUCCCCUGAGUGGAGAGAUGGAGGAGACGGACGAGAUCUGUCAGAGGCUUCGGGCAGUUACGCCGGGCUGUCCUUCUGAAGAGAAAACCUUGAGGAGAAACGGCAUGGGUCAGUUGGGCUUCCACAUUAAUGGUGAUGCCAUAGUGACUGAUGUGGAGAAGAACAGCUUUGCCCAUGAAGUGGGGCUCCUGAAGGGGAGCCGCCUGGUGGAGAUCUGUAAGGUGGCCUCCAUCAAUCUGAGCCACGAGGACAUGGUGGAUUUACUGCGAACCUCACAGACUGUCAAAGUUACUCUCAUACCACCUCUUGAAGACGGGACUCCUAGGGGUGUCACCACAUUACUCACUAACUGCAGAUAUACGUCAUUAAAUACCCUCAAGGCGGCCUGCAAGGCCACGCAAAAUGUCCAACAGAGGCAAAAGGAGGCUUUGAUGGGUCAGAAGUCUGUCCCUCUUGGAUCACUGAACGGUUCCCAUCACAGUCUAUGUAAGACUUCCUCGGAUUCCUCUGAGUAUUCAUACCAAAGACAUCAGACAGACGUAAACACAUCAAUGGAGACGCUGAGUAUGGAGUUCUUGCGCACUGAGUUUGCCAGUAUAUUCGCAGGUUCCAAUGAGAACCUGUAUUCACCUGAAGAGCAGCCAUCUCAGCUGUCGAGCAGCUCCAGUGAGCAGUCGUUCCAUUUGCGAGACUCGUUGAACUCGAACUCGAGUCUGAGAAUUGAUAUCCGAGACUCGAGGUUGUCCUCAAGCUCCAGUGAGUUUACCACAAGCCCCACCCAGAAGGAUCCCCCCAGAGCUGAAUCCCCGAGUCACAGGGGGUCUCAGACCCUCCCUCACCACAGAAAGCCUUCAACCCCCACUAGGGGAGAAGUACAGUCUCCUGGGAAGAGCCUCCUUCCGGGUUAUCGCCCCCUGGCUACAUCUAGUCUCCAGAGAGGGGCCGGACUCCAUCACGCCUACACGGACACUGCCCUCUCCUCUAAGGGCUCCAGUAUGUAUGAUGAGGGCUACACCUCGCGUCCCACGGACAGUCUGAGAUCAGACGACGGGAAGCACGAGAGAUCAGGCUCAAGGGACUCGAGGGACAGUGGGGACUACCAGUAUCUCAGUGGAGCUCCAAGACCUUGGAGUAGCACUCGUGCUACCUACAAUCAGAUAAGGAGACAGGACCCUGCUAAUUCCAGUGGAGACUCUGGAUCUUACGGCAGUGCUGUCCAUCAGUCGGAGAGUGUUCCCUCAGGCAUGUCCACCACACAGUCCAGUAACUUCUCAUCACGGAAAUACUCUGCCCCAGGGGGAGACUACUCUGCUGUCCAGCAUGGCAACAUCUCACUGGAAUUAAUGAAACAGACUCAGAACUCUAAGUACUUGUUAAGUCAGGGUCAGGAUGUGGUCGGGGUCAAGAGUACCAGUUCUAGUGUGAAUCUCAGUGACACUUCAUUCUCUAGUGGAUCAUCUCAUAACUCAGGAGCAUUGCCAGGACAACGGGGUUACCAUAGCAACAGCUCCAGAGAUGAUUUAACUAAUGUUGGUAAGAAGCGAGCUGAUCCGACCUCUGCUAACAAUAAAGGUCGGCCCGGGGGUCACAGAAGGACGCACCUGUCAGAGAUCUCUCCCCUCAGCAGUGAAAAUGGCAGUCCAAGAUCAUCCCAAAAAAACCUAAGUGGAAUGUCAUCAGAGGAAUCAUUAAAUAGUCGUCUCCGCCCAGGUGUGCACGGCAAGCACUCAAAAUCCCAGUCCAAUGAAUUGCAAGAGGACCUCAAACGUUUGAUUGACAUGGACAUAAAAAACAGUGACCUUAGAGGAAUUUUGCAGGGCAACUCCACCACGGAGCGACCAGGCUUUUACCUCAAAAGGACAAUGUCUGAUGAGAGUAUCCACAGUCAGAAGGGGGCCACCGUAUCCCCCUCCCGGGACGCUGUGAUGGCUGACCUCAUUUUCUCCACAGCCCCUCCCGUCCCCGCCCUCCCCAAAGAAGUCCUGGGGGAUGCUAGGUUGUCGCCACGAGCCAUGUUAGACAGUGCAAUGGCUGCCAAAGCCCGCCAGGUACUGAGUCGUAACGCAGCUGCAUCCCAACCCAAGACAACCCCCCAGCAGCAAAACCCUGUCCCCCUCCCCGAGUCUGCGGCCAGUCUCGACUGGUCAAACUUGGUCAACGUAGCCACAAAGGCCAUUGAAAGUACUGACAACACUAAAGCUCCGGGUCCAUCUGUAAGGGAUCCAAAGGACAGAGCUUUGCCCCCAGAACCAAGUAAAACUGGAGUCAGCAGAACUACUACUGGUAGUAGCUAUACAAAACCUCCAACGAGUCAAUCUCAGGGAUCUGUGUGGAGGUCAACUGUAUCCAAUCCUCAACAGAGAAUCCAGGAGCUGGAGGCUAAAGUAGAACAGCUGGAGAUAGAUCUAGAUAAGGAAAGAAAGGAAAAUGCAGAUUUGGAGGCAGAAGUUCAGUCUUUGAGGAGAGAUAACAUUCGUCUCCAGGAGGAGUCCCAGACUGCUGCAGCUCAGCUUCGGAAGUUUACGGAGUGGUUUUUCCAGACAAUAGAUAGGCAGUGAUCAUCUGUGACUAAGCAUUGCUCUGAAAAGGGAAAUCACUCUGUAAAAUGCCAGUGAAGUUCUUCAGUGAUAUUUUAUGUGAUAAUGUUUUGUUAUGAAGUUUUGAAAUCCAUGACUCAUUGAGAUACUUGAAGUUUGUAUCCCAUUGUGAUCAAAUGUGUUUUCCAACAAGAGAGGAGCAUUACUGUUUCUUGAGUGUUCAUUUAUAUUAAUCAUGUACAACCAGUUUGUUGGAUCUUUUAUUGUGGUGCAUCUAUUCUGAAUAUCCCCUUGUUUUGUAUUAUUAGUUUAUCCUAUAUGAAUAGUUAAUAGAGAUUCACCAGUAGCUGGUGGUUUGUUGACAUUUCUUAAGCAUUACUGUUGAAUACUCUUAUUGUGGUAUCACUUUGUUAAUGAAAUUAAUGUAUUUCUGAUUUGAUCAAUAUCAUAUAUUGCAUAUCACAGAUGGAGAAUUUAGAUUCACUUACAUAUAAAUGGUUGUGCACGGCAAGUGAUAUUUUGUAAUGAAGCAAAAACCCAAUUUUGCUCUCCAUAUUAAAGAUAUUUGUAAUAUUUACAUUUUUUGUGAAUGUACAUUUUAAAAGAAUGAAAUUCAUAUCUUUGUAUUGAAUGAAAAAAGUUUCGUACACGACUAAUUUCUAUGUUUUUAUUAUGAAAUGUCUAUCAGUAUUUUCCAUGUAUCCAAUGAAACACACCAUCAAGAAAUAGCCAGGUUACGAUUUGUAAAUACAUGUAAUAACGAUCUAGUCAGCUGAUUAUCACCAAUUCAUUGUGGACUACUGUUUCACAUUUUACGUAUAUAUAUGAUGAUUUCACCACUAUAGUCUUGUGAUGCUUGCACAAGUGUGCACCAUUCCAUGUCACCACAUUACAAGUGUCCUUCCAAAACAUGUCAACCAUUUCUCUUGUACUAUAUAGCCAUAUUUAUUUUCAUUUUUAAAUAUGUUUUAUCAUGUACGGUAUCUAUAUUUUGUAUAUAUAUAUAUAUAUUAAUGUAAAUGUUUAUCUCCUUAAAAAGAAAAAAUUAUAAUAAAUUAUUAUGAUAAAAACAUUUA